CCUAAUACAUUAUCGUUGUAAAUAUCUUGCAAAUUCUCAUUAACGUGUAUACCUUAGCAGCAAAUAUACAUUGUGUGUGCAGCAAAUAACAAAGGUUUAUUAAUUCUGUUACUGUUAAUUCGUUAUUUUGACUUCAACCCCAAUAGUCGUUCUAUUCUACACGUACUUGAUUGAAUUUAAACUAUUAUGCAUUUUAAGAGUGCCGUUAUUCUUUGUGCCGUGAAUUUCAUUUCAUCAGUUUGGAGCAUUGGACUAAAUAAGGACCAAAUAGAAAUAUGCAUUCGUGUGAACGACAAUAGCAAUCCUGGUACCUUUACUAGGAAUAUCACAGACGAGGGCUACUAUAAUUUGGCUAUUAAGAAAGCAUUUUUGGAGUUAGCGUAUACAGAUAAGAAAGAACUUGACAGCUUCGGGGUUCCAAUGCUGACGACUAUUGAAGUAGAGUUUUACCUCAAUAAGUUCAAUGAACACCUCCAACUUAACGGGCAAAAUAGAUACCUUACAGAAGGACAACUAUCAGUUUUAUUUAACCAGUUACACCUUACAGAAGGAGAGAAGGCAAUGGUCGAACAAUUAGCAGAAGGAAAAAGAGGUAAAGUCCACUCAGCGGCAUUCUUGUCAAUCAUGUUAGAAAUUCUACCGGAAGACGAGAUAGUGUUAAGUACAAAAGAGAUCAGGUCAAUGAUAUCUGCAUUCAUAGAACGUGACCUGGACAAAGACGGUAUUCUAUCUGAAAACGAAGCGAAAAAGUUCAUAAUGACAUAA